AUGUUAAUCCGUCAGCCCUAUUUAAAUACGUACCGAAGGACGGUAUCAUGCCAUAAUUUAGCAAUUUUAAAUCUACUCAAAAGAAGAUUUUCAGUUACUAGGCAUUGUGCCUAUAAAGAUUAUUACUUAACCAAAGGCGUGCAAGACAGUCAGUUGAGGAUAAACCUGAAGAAACCGAGUCAAUUGUUAGGAGUCUGUUCUUCAAGAGGCACUAGACCAACGAAUGAAGAUCACUAUUGUGCAGCUAGCUUGGAGUUAACUGAUAGUGAAAGAUUAUUAAAGAUGGAUAAAUAUGCAGAACGUGCUUACUUUGGAAUAUUCGAUGGUCAUGGUGGGCCAGUAGUAUCAGAAUGGCUUGUAAAGCACUUACAUGAAUAUAUUGAAAAUGUCACUUUGGAUGACUAUCAUAAAUCACUUGAAUUUCUACAGACAUAUCGAGGAUAUUUCCGACGAUUCCCCGUUCCUUCUGUCUUGAAAGAUGAUGUAUCAUCGAAUAUAGAAACCAAACAGAAAGGAAAGGACGCCAAACUCAAAACAAAUUUGUCACUUGAACAAAGAUUGACAUUGGCAUUUCUAAAAGCCGAUGUGGAUGUAUUACAGCAACUGCGAAGUAGCUUACAAGAUGCUCAUCAAGAUCAUGAAGGCUCUACAGGAAGCGUUGCUAUUCUAGAGCCGCGAGAUAAAAAGCCUUUUUGGGAUAGCGACGUAUAUGAUAUCAUUAUUGGCCAUGUAGGCGAUACAAGGAUUCUAUUGUGUGAUUCACGAAAAGGUGAGGUCAUGCAGCUCACCACUGGAGAUCACCACCCAGGCAAUCCUGCAGAAGUGGAGCGGUUAAGAAAAUAUGCAGGAUUUGUGACAACAGAUUCAUGGGGAGAUGAAAGGAUUAUGGGGAUGUUGGCUACCAGUCGAGCAUUUGGUGACGCUAAACUGAAACGCUAUGGUGUUUCAGCGGAACCAGAUAUAGUGAGAUAUAAGGUUUCAACCAAACGUAAUCCAGCCGCUUUUAUGGUAUUGGUGACAGAUGGGAUAACUUCUGUUUUGUCAGACCAGGAAAUAGUGGAUUUGGUGAAGCAAUAUAAAGACCCUAAUACGGCUGCUAAACAGCUCGUGGACACUUGUGAUCAAUUACAGAGUGAUGAUAAUGCGACUGCAAUGGUUAUCCGGUUGAAGGAUUGGGGAAAGAAAAUGCAAGAUUUUACGAAAGACCUUAGAACAUACAAGCUAGAAAAUACAUCAAUGAGUCGUAGACAGUCAUGGUGA